UUCCUCAGCAACGGGUGGAUUGGGGGGGGGCUCCUCACUUCCAGGCUGCAUUUGUGGGGCAGGCCAGGUUGUGGGGAGCAGCUCAGGACUCCCCGAUGCAGUGACCGCAGCACCUCAGGGUGCCUUGGCCAUGGGUUCAAACAUUAACUGGGGGCGGUUAACUGGUGACUGAUUGCCCCUGAGCCUGGGGAUAAAGGUGGGGGGUCCUGGCAGCUGUAUGUGUGCCCCCAUCCUGGACAGCAAUGAAGGUCCUGCAGGCGGACCCCAACCCUAAUGAGCCACAGGCCAGCAAGGACAAGGCUGAGCUGCGCAACUACACGGAGGGGAAGCUGCUGGACCGCGUCUACAACACGUACCUGCAGAUGCACACCCACCAGACAGUCGACUUUGUGCGUAGGAAGAGUGCUGAGUAUGGGGGCUGCUCGCUGCGCAGGAUGAGUGCCAUGCAGGCCCUGGAGCUGCUGGACCAACUGGUGGAUGAAUCCGACCCGGAUGUGGAUUUCCCCAACUCCCUCCAUGCCUAUCAGACCGCAGAGGGCAUCCGGCGUGCCCACCCUGACAAAGAUUGGUUCCACCUCGUGGGGCUGCUGCACGACCUGGGCAAAGUCCUGGUGCUGUUCGGGGAGCCCCAGUGGGCGGUGGUGGGGGAUACCUUCCCAGUGGGCUGCAAGGUGCAGAAGUCGGUGGUCUUCCACGAUUCCACCUUCCACAACAACCCUGACACCAGGGACCCCCGGUACAACACCGAGUGUGGGAUGUACCAGCCCCACUGCGGCCUGGAGAAUGUGCUCAUGUCCUGGGGACACGAUGAGUACAUGUACAGAGUGAUGAAGUUCAACAACUUUGCCCUGCCCAAGGAG